UGAUUAGUUGAUAAAAAUUUUCUGAAUAAGUAUAUUCAUCUUUCUUACUAAUUUGCUUUUUCAAACAAAACAUGUACUCGUCUCCCUUUUCAAUUGAGCUCGACCUUUAUUUGUGUAAAUUUCUCUGAUCUAUUUUUUAAAUAUUUAUCAUCACAUUAUCUUGUGUAAAAGUUUACGUCAAACCCCGGUUAAACUUAUGUCAUAUAAUUUAUAAAAAAAUGCUUAUUUUGACCCAACUUCAAAUUAUCAAGAUGUAAUUUAUUUUGAAAUGAGUGGUGCGAAUGACAUCAAAAAAAUUUAUCGGUGAUCCAUCUGAAGCAAGCGACCUAAUUGAUAAUUAAACCGACAAAUUUUAUUUAAGGCAAAUUUUCCAAUUUAUUUUAAAUCUUUAUCUAGGCUAUCAUUUCAGCCAAACAAGAGAUAACUACUUUCAGACCUUUCAAUUAUGACAAGGGUGCCCAUUUACAUUGUACAAUAUGCGGCCCAUAUAUCAAAGAGCAUUAUUUUAAUAUGGGAUUUUCUAGUAUAUGCGGGAAAUUUUUAGACAAGUGUGACGCCUGUGUGCACAAAAAUUCAUAUCAAUUUAAAAAUGAUUGUUAGUGUGCGUGCACAGUAAAAAUACCCUUUUUAUAUUUAUCCAUCUCACUGAUCUACCUCAAUGUCUAUCUAAAUAGUUUUUUUUUUUUUGUCAGGUAAAUAGUUUAUUUUUUAUUUAAAGAUUUAUUCUUUUUUACACACGUAUAUAAAUGUUCAUUUCUAUGUAUUUUUACAUAAAGGUAAUUGCAUAUCACACCUCUUAACUAUCGUUCAAAAACGAUAUUAUACCCAUAUUUAAGGAAACUCAACUCGCAUCCUCUAUAUUUAUAUUUCAAGAACGAUACCCACCCCUCCGUUAAAUUCCGUUAACUUCCGUGAAAAUACUCCAUCCGUCUCAAUUUACAUGUCUCUUUUGUUUUUCGAGAAGUCAAAUUGACUAAUAUUUAACCAACUAUUAGAAAAAAUAUUUUUUUUAAACUGAAAAAAUAUUUAUUUAUUAUUUUAGGAAAUAGAAAGUUACAUAUUAAAAUAGACUAGAUUUACUUUUUGAAGAUAUUUUUUUUAAAAUUUUUGUUUAAUUAAGUUAUCCCCAAGUCAAAUGAUUAAACAAAAAUAAGUAAAUUUAGUGUAUUUUAAUAUGUAACUUUCUAGUUCUUAAAAUAAUAAAUAAAUAUUUUUUAAUAGUUGGUCAAAAUUUAAUUAAUUUGACUCCUCUAAAAGCAAAAAGGGCAUGUAAAUUGAGACGGAGGGAGUAUUUUAACGGAAUUUAACGGACGGGGUGCAUAUAUUGUUCUUGAAAUGUAAAAAUAGAGAGUGCAGAGUAAAAUAUAGGUACAAUAUCAUUUUUGAAAGAUAGGGUGUAUGUAUUUAAGAAGAUACCAGAAGCAUGUCUUGUCUGCUGCCACAGUUCAAGUGUUUGCCUGAUUCUUUCUCUAUUCAUUUCAAAACCCAUCUUCAAUCUUUCCCUUCUCAGCCCUGACUUGAAACAAAUAAUGGGCAGACUUGCAGUUGCUGUAAUUGUUAGCUGCUGGGUUAUUCCCAUCUCUAUCUCUGUCAAUCGAAUCGUCCCUGACCCUUACAUGGAUGAGAUAUUUCAUGUUCCCCAAGCACAACAGUACUGCAAGGGAAAUUUCACUAGCUGGGACCCCAUGAUUACUACUCCCCCUGGCCUGUAUUUUCUUUCACUUGCCCAUGUUGCUUCUUUUUUUCCAGGCAUGCUAUGCAUACAAGCAGUAUCAUCAUUCUUUGAUGCCUGCUCAACUGUAGCGCUGCGCUCCACCAACGGUGUCCUGGCUGUAAUUUGCAGCAUUGUGGUUUAUGAAAUAAUUUCCCAGUUGCGGCCAGAACUAAAUAAAAGAAGAGCCACUCUUUAUACAGUUGUUCUAGCUCUAUAUCCCCUCCACUGGUUCUUCACGUAUCUUUAUUAUACAGAUGUGGCAUCACUUACUGCAGUGCUCACUUCAUAUCUUAUGUGCAUGAAGAAGAACUACCCAUUGAGUGCAGUGCUUGGCGCUUUGGCUGUUCUUGUACGACAAACAAAUAUUGUAUGGAUUCUAUUUGUUGGAUGCUCUGGCAUUAUUAAUUAUACCCUUGGCUUUCAAAAAGAUAAACAUAGUGAGCAACUAGAUGACUCUAGUGUAUUGGAUCAAAAAGAUGGUUGGUUAGUUUCGGGAAAAACUGCUGCUACUGGGUCAAACUUGAGAAGGCGAAGGUUGAGCAGUACUGUAGAUUCUUCUGACCAUUCAACUCCCAAAAAUUUCUCUUCUUCGUCUAAUUCAUCAGAUUUGAUUGAUGAUAUUAAGGAAAUACUGGUAACUUCUUGGUAUAUCAAGUGGCGACUCUUACUUUUAUUUAGCCCUUACGUUAUGCUGUUGGUGGCGUUUGUUGGAUUUGUUUACUGGAAUGGGAGCAUAGUUCUUGGAGCUAAAGAAGGACAUGCUGUUUCUCCACAUUUUGCACAGCUUAUGUACUUUGGCCUACUUUCUGCUUUGCUCAUGGUUCCUGUUCACUUCACGUUAAGUCAAACUGCAGUCUUGUACCAAUCGUUGCGCAAGUUGAGGGUGCUGGGUAUUGUGCUGUGCUUGACGGGUUUUACUACUGCAUUCCUUUCAGUGAACUUUUUCAGCAUUGCUCAUCCAUAUCUUCUUGCUGACAAUCGGCACUAUACAUUUUACAUAUGGAGAAAGAUCAUCAACUUCCAUUGGUCGACAAAGUACCUUAUGGUUCCGCUCUAUGUUUAUUCAUGGUUUUCCAUCUUCAGCAUACUAGCUAAAUUUUAGAAGAAAGUAUGGGUGCUGGUAUAUUUCCUGGCAUGCGCCGCUGUUCUAAUUCCUUCUCCAUUGAUAGAGUUCAGAUACUACACCAUACCUUUCUUUUUCCUGGUUCUUCAUUCCCAUGUCAACAGCGACAGAAAUUGGGUGCUCAUGGGUAUCCUCUAUACUGUUAUCAACAUCUUCACAAUGGUUAUGUUUCUGUUUAAGCCAUUUAGUUGGCCCCAUGAAGCCGGCAUCCAAAGGUUUAUAUGGUAGUUAGAUGCUGAAGAAGGCAGUACAUACCCAGUGUUGUUAUUAUAGUGAUUGAGUUUUAUAAAUUUCUCCACAACACCACCACAGUUGGUUUUUCACUCUAAAAUUUGCAAGGAGUUGAAAUCCAAAAGAUGUCUAAUAUCACAUGAAUUUUCAAUUUUCCAUCAGCCAA